CCUGCCCUCCCCGCUCCAGGAGCAUGUAAGAAGAUACCCGGCUGGGCACAUCUCCCACAAGACCACCAGAUUCAGAGACAGGGACAGAGCCUCCCUCACCAGCCUCCCUCCUACCAUGAAGCUCGCCAUUGCCCUCACCCUGGUCACCCUGACUCUCUUCUGCAGCCCUGCAUCUACAGAGGUCUGCCUGAACUUUCUACACGUCAUUGAAAACCUCUUCAUGGGCACACUUUCCAGCUAUGAGGCUGCCCUUGAACCCUUCAGCCCUGAGGAAGACAUGAAAAAUGCAGGGGCCCAGCUGAAGAUGCUGGUGGACACCUUCCCCUAGAAGGCCAAGGACAGCAUGAUAAAGCUCAUGGACAAAAUAAUCAAGAGCCCACACUGUGCUUAG